AUGCUUCAAAUUAUAUUCGCAGCUUGGAUGCUCUUUGUCUAUCACGGCCUCACUUUGGCGACUUUAGUCCCCGUUCCCGAACCGGCUCACUCCAGCUUGACACGCACCUCUGCCCUUCCCGAGGUGACCGUGGAGAUCGGUUCUGAGCAUCUGAAUUUUAGUGUCAUUGUCCAGCUCUCAAGCCUCGCUUGUUCCUCUUGUGUUGCGAAACAGACGUCCUGGAACAGGUCUACUGCUGUCCCGUACCAGUCAUCUCCAUUAUCCUCGCCAAAUCAGACUUUCGAUGUUACCACUCCUACUCCGACCAAGGGUCGGAUAGUGGCUAUAUCUAGCUGGCCUUCAGCUUCGGCCACGGCGUCCCUAAUAUCAGAUCCCAAUAGACCUCCCGCAUCAGUAAACGCAUCUACUUUUAUAGGGUCCGCGUUUCAUCCGGGAUCUCCUGGUUUCCUAGGUCUGCUACUGGGCGGAGUAUUGCAACUAGCGAUAGUAUAA